CCCCAAACCACCACCCCCUGAGGGCGUGAAGUCCAACCCCUCCAAGCGACACCGCGACCGGCUCAACCAGGAGCUGGGCAAGCUGACGGGUUUGCUGCCCUUCCCUGAAGAGGUCCUCACCAGGCUGGACAAACUCUCCGUCCUACGGUUGGCUGUGGGGUACCUGAAGGUGAAGAGCUACUUGAUGGCCACAGAUGUUGGUGACUGCGUGGUGGAUCAGCCCAGAGCCCCAGGAGGGGAUGGACAGAGGGACCUGCAGGACAACAGGGAGCUGCUUCCUGAGGGGGAGCUGCUGCUCCAGGCACUCAAUGGCUUUGUCAUCGCUGUGACUGGAGAUGGCUACAUCUUCUACAUCUCCCCAACGGUGCAGGACUACCUGGGCUUUCAUCAGUCAGAUCUCAUCUACCAGAGUGUCUACGAGCUGAUCCACGCAGAGGACAGAGCCACCUUCCAGCAGCAGCUCCACAGGGCUCCUCCACCCAGCAGCACCCCUCACGCUGCCCGUGGCGAGCACCAAGCCUUUCCCACCACCCAGGCGCUGCUGGCUGGCUGCAGUGCUGCACCCCAGCACCUCCACCCCGAGAAGACCUCCUCCAUGGAGAGGAGCUUCACCUGCCGCUUCCGCUGCUUGCUGGAGAGCUCCUCAGGAUUUCUGGCCUUGAAUCUCCGUGGGCGCUUGAAAUGCCUCCUCGGGCAGCAGAAGGUGGCAUCAGGGAGGUCCCCCCUUGCUCUCUUUGCCAUCGCCACUCUCCUCCAGCCUCUCUCCAUCCUGGAGCUUCGGACCAAGACGUUGAUGUUUCAGACAAAGCACAAGUUGGACUUCACUCCCAUGGCCUGUGAUUCCAG